GUAUUGUUAGGGUGCAAAGUUCAGUGCAGGACUCGGCAGAAGGAUUUUACAUUAACACUGAUAUUCUAAACUGGUAAUCAUACAGGCCUUGUGCGAUGUGAUUUCCUUAAAAUGACGUCCAUAGUAUCUCUCCCAGAGGGGAAUCUCUCCUGUUCUGUGUGCCGUGACAUCUUCAAGGACCCGGUCAUCCUGUCAUGUAGACACGGCAUCUGUAAAGUCUGCUUGUUGGAACUGUGGAAACAUAACGAAGUGCUGGAAUGCCCUCUCUGUAGAAGAAGAUCAUCGCUGGAGCUUCCACUUGAUCUGAAUCUGAAGAGGCAGUGUGAGGCUGUCUUACAGGAGAGGAGUCGGGGAGAUACGACUGAGUCUGAGGUGCUCUGCAAUCUGCAUAAUGAGAAGCUUGAGCUCUUCUGUCUGGAGGAUAAACAGCUACUGUGUUUAAAGUGUAGGGCCUUAAAGAAAAACACCAACGACGGCCUUUGUCAGAUUGAUAAAGCUGCUAAGAAUUAUAAGGAGAAACUCCAGACUGCACUAAAAUCCUUACAGGGAAACCUGAAGGCCUUUAACAAAGUUAUACAAUCCUGUGAUCAAGCAGCAGAAAAUAUCAAGAGCCAGGCUCAGCACACAGAGAAGCAGAUUAAGAAGGAGUUUGAAAAGCUUCAUCAGUUUCUAAGAGAUGAAGAGGCAGAUAGUGUAGCUGCACUGCGGGAGGAAGAGGAGCAGAAGAAUAAGACGGUGAGGGAGAAGAUUGAAGAGAUGUGCAGAGAGAUAUCAUCACUGUCUGAAACAAUCAGAGCCAUAGAAGAGGAGCUGAGAGCUGAAGACAUCUCAUUCUUGCAGAACUACAAGGUCACAAUGAAAAGAACCCAGUACACAAUGCCGGAUCUAGAGAGGGUGUCAGGUCCACUUAUCAAUGUGGCAAAGCACCUGGGCAACCUGCAGUUCAAAGUCUGGGAGAGGAUGCAGGAGAUUGUUCAAUAUACUCCUGUGACUCUGGACCCCAAUACUGCCCAUCCGCGUCUCCGCCUGUCUGAAGAUCUGACCAGUGUGAGAGACAGUGAUGAUAUACAGUGGCUUCCUGUCAACCCAGAGAGGUUUGAUCACCUCCAGUUUGUCCUGGCCUCUGAGGGCUUUAACUCAGGGACACACAGCUGGCUUGUUGAGGUUGGGGAGAGUGAAAACUGGACCAUAGGUGUGAUCACAGACUCUGUCCAGAGGUCUGGAUUGAUAAAGAGUGGAUACUGGAGUGUCGGAUAUUACGAAGGUAAAUACUGGGCAUUAUGCCCACCUGUUCCACCCACUGAUAUCACAUUGAGACAGAAACCUAAGCAGAUCAGAGUGCAUCUGGACUGUGACAGAGGAAAGCUGUCAUUCUCGGACCCUGAUAAUAACACACGGCUACACGCGUUCACACAACAUUUCACAGAGAGAGUCUCUCCAUUUAUUGGUAAUUACUGUGAACUCCACUCUCUAAAGAUCUUACCACUGAAGGUCUCUGUAACAGUGGUUUAGCAGAGUUAGAUGGUACUGCAUCCGUCUAAACCAGUGAUGAAGUGCACUACAGGUAAUCAAUCUCAUUAUUAUAGAGAAAUAAUGUUUUCAAUGGAAUGGACCGUUUCACUUUUCCACUAUUGAGAAUCAAUACUGAUGUUUUUGGCUCAUUAACUAUUAGCAUAUUUGCCAACAUUCAUUUCUAAUAAACUGACUGAAUUCGC